CCCCAGCCAUGCAAGGGUCUUGAUCUCAAGUUUCCAGUGAAUGGUAACAAAGGCUGUGGAGUGUUGCUGGUGCUUGCCGCGAGAGGCUGGCCCCGGGUUCCAGGUAACGUCCUUGUUGCAUUUCCGGUUUCCAACGGCAACUCUCCGACCAAGAUUUUACCAAAAACCUUAGAACCAAUCAAUGUGAAUGUUGGGCCCCAAAUGAUCAUAAGCACCCCGCAGAGGCUCGCCAGCGCCGGAAGCGUCCUCCUCGGGAGCCCCUACAGCCCCGCGCCGGCCAUGGUCACGCACACACACCUGCCCGAGGCGGCGGGCUGGGCGCCCAGCGACCGGAAGCGGCCCCGGGACUUCAUGGACUCCGAUUUCUCAGAGAGCAAGCGCAGCCGGAAGGGCGAUAAGAGCGGGAAGGGCCUGAGGCAUUUCUCCAUGAAAGUGUGCGAGAAAGUGCAGCGGAAAGGGACGACGUCCUACAACGAGGUCGCCGACGAGCUGGUGUCGGAGUUCACCCACUCCAGUAACCACGUGGCGGCGGACUCGGCGUACGACCAGAAGAACAUCCGGCGCCGGGUCUACGACGCCCUGAACGUGCUCAUGGCCAUGAACAUCAUCUCCAAGGAGAAGAAGGAGAUCAAGUGGAUCGGGCUGCCCACCAACUCGGCCCAGGAGUGCCAGAACCUGGAGAUGGAGAAGCAGAGGCGGAUGGAGCGGAUAAAGCAGAAGCGGGCCCAGCUCCAGGAGCUCCUCCUGCAGCAAAUCGCGUUCAAGAACCUGGUGCAGAGGAAUCGGCAGAACGAGCAGCAGAACCAGGGGCCGCCCGCGGCGACCUCCACCAUCCAGCUGCCCUUCGUGCUGGUCAACACCAGCAAGAAGACCGUCAUCGACUGCAGCAUCUCCAGCGACAAGUUCGAGUACCUGUUCAACUUCGACAACGCCUUCGAGAUCCACGACGACAUGGAGGUGCUCAAGCGCAUGGGCAUGGCGCUGGGGCUCGAGUCGGGCCGCUGCUCCCUGGAGGACCUCAAGGCGGCCCAGGCGCUGGUGCCCAAGGCGCUGGAAGCCUACGUCACGGACCUCUCGGCGGGCCCCGCGCACAGCGCGUCCAGCUCGGAGCCGGCGCCGCCGCCCAGCCGGCGGGGGCCCUGUGCGGAGGCCGCGCCCCGGGGCGGUUCGCCCAGCUCCUUCCACGAGGACGACGACGACGAGGGCGCCUCCUCCGCCUCCACGCCCGAGUAG